GUUCGCGAACGACACAACGCUAGUUGACGGAAGUUCCCAGAGAAGGAGGCAGCCAUGGUGCGUGUGAAAUCGAGGUAAAAUGUGCCCAUCACGUACCAUUUUCAUCAAACUUUGAUUUAGUCGUUAAUCCCUGACUUAAAUUCAUUUGUAAUCUGUAGGUACUUGCUGUGUGAGAUCAAUGUACCGGACAGGAGCCGUCUGUUUCUGCUGGAUGACAGAGCUGUUGCAGCGGCAGUGAAGGCAGCUGUCGCCCGCAUGCAUGGGGACUACGGGGCGGCUCUCUGUAGCAUCAGAUUCUCAGGUUAGUUGUGGUUCAAGUUUUAUGAUACUACAUUUUUAAUCGAACAUUUUUGCACUCUUGAUAAUUUAGCCAUACUUCAGUAGUCAGCAAGUUUACCUAAGUUUUGGUGAAACUUAGGUGGAAGCCCCUGAUUUAACAGUUUCUAGUUGUUUCCAAAUUAAUUAGAUCACACAAAUAAAAAGUAAGCGAGCAGAAAAUGGCUUUACAAUUAAAAACAGGCCUAUGAUUAAUUUAUUUUGUGGGUAGAAAUUGUUGGCCAACUUUAGCUGGAGGAAUUAUGAAUUUUCAAGAACUUUAUGCAUGUCUGAAAGGGGAAACAGAUUUAAGGGUUUGUAAUAAACUUCAGAGCUUGAUGGGUAACAUUAGUCAGAGAGUGAUGGUACUAAGAUGAUGUACACAUAUGCUAAAAAACACUACAGUCAAUCAAGGCCAAAAAAAAGCAGCAGUAAGAAAUAUCAAAUAUUAAAAAAAUGUAAGUUCACGCCCCAGCUCUUCGUCUCAUAAUCGAUAGUAGACACACUGGUGGCAUCUCAUGAGAAACAGUUAGUGUCAGGAUCCCAAAUCUCUUCCUGUUCUUUGCCUAUUAAUACAGCUCAACCAACUGCUUCAUGGUCUCUCUUUUUAUUUUGUCUUCCAGUAAAAUAUCUGAACGCUCACACUGGAAUAGUGUUCCUGCGUUUCCCCAAAAAGUGUUACAGACUCCUCUGGUCUGCAUUACCUUUCAUCACCUGUAUAGAAACACGAGGGCAGAAAAUCGAAUGUUUUCUCAACUGUUUGCAUGUAGGAGGUAAGAAAAUAAACCGCCUUUACACCAUAAAUCAGACAUUGAAAAUAACAUUAAAUACUAACCAGACAAUAAUAAAAUAUGUUGUGUUUUCUAGGAACAAUCAGAACAUGUCAGAAGUUUCUGGUCAAGUAUAACACCCAGCAACUUCACCGAAUGCUUCCUAAAUGUAAAAGUGAAGGUAAGGAAAUUGUAAUAUUAUACCAAGCAUUUUUAUUAGGCUGAACCAGAUGUUGAGCAUUCGUUUUUUUUCAUGAAUAAGAUUCCUGUUUUGACCUGAAAUGUGAGCCAGCAUUCUUAAGUUUGAUUGUCACAGCCUGAAGUUUACAGCAAACUGUAACUCUCAAUACAAAACUUUGAAUUGAUAUGACAAAGAGAAAACUGAUUGAUCCCAAUUUCAAUUUCUGUUUCUUCACAGAAGAAAGAUCCCAGGUUCGUGAAGCUAUUCUCAAAUGCUGCCUUACAAGAGGAAACAAGCAAGAAUUUGGAGAAGAAUCUGACAGCGAGGACGAUGAAGAGCAGUGACUGCAGAGAAUGCAGUAAAUGAAAAGCAGCUGUGGAGCCAUCAUAUGAUUCCUGUUUCUGACUGAAAUUUGGCCUGAAACUGACAGGAAAGAGGAUAAUAAGAAAGGAAAUAUCCAGACGUAUACAUGUCUAUAUUAGAGGGAGACAUCACAUGAUGCAUUCUUCAUCAGACAGAGAUAUUACAUGUGGUUUAUCACACUUUAUCACAUAAAUAUGUAAGCUGGCAGAGGGGCCUGCUGGUCAGGAUGAAAAUGAAUUAAAGAAGGUCAUGAGAGUGAACACUGAUAUGUUAUUAUCCUUCAGUUUUGUUUUCUUGCGGGAGGAGUUUUGAGCUGUUUAUGAAACAGACUCUAAUUAUUAUUAUUAUUAUUAAUGCCUCUUUAUAAUUACAAAAUUGAAAGUGAACGUCAGACUUAUUGAUUAAUUGUACAUAGUUACAUAGUACAAAGUGUACAGAAUAAAAUUGAUUUUCCAACCUUGUUUCUCCUGGUUCAAAAAUGACAGAGUCCCUUUAGUCCAUUUUAAUCUGAAGGAAGAGUUUUUUUUGUUUCUGAAUGCUUUUAUUUUAUUUUUGUACACAUAAUCUGUUCACAUAUUAAAGUACUACAUCCAAGAAACUAUACUGUAAUUUGUGUCCUAGAAUAACUUUUGCAUACAUUUUGGUUGACCAUGCACACUUAUAGAAACUUUGUGGUCAAAUCAUCAAUAUGGCUUUUUUUAAAGCUUACUUGAAAAAAUUUUUGUUAUUCCAUUUUAUUAUUACUAUUACCGUCAUUAUUGUUUUAUUAUGAUUUUAUUAUCUUUAUUAAUAUCGUCUUUAUCGUCUUCUUAUCGUCUUUAUGCCCCCUCUUUUAUUACAUUUCUUUUUCUUAGCUAUUUUAUGUUUUUAUUUUGGUCCGCAUGGUCUCAUUUAUGUUGUAGGAUUGUUGUAUUGUUUGGGGUUUCUUAUGAAAAUUGAUAUUGUUCUUCAAUUCGGAGGCCUUGUUUUUAACUGAGCCUUAGUUUUUUUAUUUGUUUUUAUUUCCAUGUGCAUUUUCUGUGCUUUUUUCUGUGACUGUUUGUCAAAGCACUUUGUAAACUUCUGUUUUUAAAAGUGCUAUAAAAAUAAAGUUAUUAUUAUCAGUAGUAGUAGUAUUAA